AUGGCCAACGCUGGGCGUCUGCUGCUGCUCUGGUUGCUGCCCACGACCCUGGUGACGACGCGGGGGAAGCACCUGCCACGGUACCACCAGGUGAGCUACACGUCCCUGUCCCCUGUCGCUGCACGGUCCGGCGCCAAGUCCCCAGUCCAGUGGCCACUGCGACCUGGGACAGGAGCUGCUCCAGGGACCCGGCGCAGCGUGGAAUGGCAGGGGGGCGGGCCCAGGGGAGCCGGGGGGAGGGGCAGCGGGUGCCGGGGCGACAGUGAUCAGCUCGUGUGCAUCGUGGUGUGCCAGCGGAGACAACGCGACCUGGCUGUCCUGGGGACUAACAGUGUCAGGCGGGCGAGCCAAGUUUGCAGGGUGGGGGAGCACACGGGGCUGCGGCGGGCACAGGUGGGUGAGCCUUCACUCGGCAGCGCAUCGGGGAGGCCUGCGAGGGGUACUCAGUGCUGGAGCGGCGGCUGCGUCACCAACAGCCCGAGUCCCCAGAACUUCUUCCAGCAGCGCCCGUCCUGGCAGAAGCCAAACGGGCACACCUGCCUGGACCACACGGAGUGCCGGAGCGGCUGCUGCAUCACCAGCAGCUACGGGCUGCAGACAUACGGCACGGCCAAGACCAUCUUCCUGCAGUGCGUGCCGUGGCGCGAACCCAAGGGGGACUACUGCACGGACCACAGCGAGUGCCGCAUCCAGCCGAACGAGGUCGGCCCCCAGAGCGGCGUCCUGGUCCAGUGCCUGCCCUGGAUCGGCCUCCGUCCCCGUUUCCUGAAGCAGAGCCCGGAUGAGGCAUCAGAAAAGGACACGGGUCACGGUGGAGGAAGGAGCUCAGUGAGGCGGCCCCCCAGGAUGCAGGACCUGAAGACACCACGGAGGAUAUGGGCGGGGGGGGUGGAGCAGAGGGAGGUGGAGCACGGUGACCGGAGGGUCACGGCGAGUGGCUGGGAGACGACACUCUGGUGCCCGAGCUCGGACGCCGGGACCCAUGACUUCAGUCUGACGGUAAAGGUGUGUCUGAGCCCCGAGGUUGAGAGCCAGAGCUUUCUGAGCACGCCCACCUGGCCCAUCAGCACCCAGAGCAGCAGUGGGUGCCACGACAGUGAGUCCACGGGUGUUCCGAGGGUGUCGGAGACAACCAGGCCGCUCCGCCGGCAGCCUUGCCCAGAGGCGCGGAUUGUCGGUCCUGAGGACAGUGUGGCCCUUACGAUCCAGCUGCCCGAAGGCCAACUCCUGCUGCCUCGCGGGCUGCGUCUCCCCACCGAGGGCUCCUCGGAGGAGGGACCCCGGGAUCCACCUCGGGUCCAGGGCCGGGCAGAGCGGGAGAAGGGGGUCUGCAAGGGAGCUGGCGACAGGCGAUCCGAGGGCCACUUUCCACAGGGGCUCACAGGGGUCACUCGAUGGUGGGGGCCCCGCCUCUGA